GGAAGCGCUGCGUGGGGGAGACUGUUCCAAGAUGGCGGCGGGUUGCUGCGGGGUGAAGAAGCAGAAACUGUCCAGUUCGCCCCCCUCUGGCUCGGGUGGCGGUGGUGGCGCCUCCUCCUCCUCCCACUGCAGCGGAGAGAGCCAGUGCCGAGCUGGGGAGCUGGGACUAGGAGGCGCCGGCACGCGGCUCAACGGGCUGGGAGGUCUAGCCGGAGGAGGUAGCGGCAGCGGCUGUACCCUCUCUCCCCCCCAGGGCUGCGGCGGCGGCGGCGGCGGGGGGAUUUCCCUGUCGCCUCCUCCGAGCUGCGGAGUGGGGACCCUACUUUCUACCCCGGCCGCCGCCACCUCUUCCUCGCCCUCCUUGUCGCCCGCCGCCUCGUCCUCAUCGCCCGGCUCCCGGAAGAUGGUGGUGUCAGCGGAGAUGUGCUGCUUUUGCUUCGAUGUGCUCUACUGUCACCUGUACGGAUACCAGCAGCCCCGGACCCCUCGGUUCACCAACGAGCCCUACCCACUGUUUGUAACAUGGAAGAUCGGUCGAGACAAAAGAUUGCGUGGAUGCAUAGGUACUUUUUCUGCCAUGAACUUGCAUUCAGGACUCAGGGAGUACACACUUACCAGUGCCCUUAAAGAUAGCCGUUUCCCCCCAAUGACAAGGGAUGAAUUGCCACGGCUGUUCUGCUCAGUGUCUCUGCUCACUAACUUUGAAGAUGUCUGUGAUUAUUUGGACUGGGAGGUGGGUGUACAUGGCAUUAGAAUAGAAUUCAUCAAUGAAAAAGGAUCAAAACGCACCGCCACCUACCUACCGGAGGUUGCAAAGGAGCAAGGAUGGGACCAUAUUCAGACCAUAGACUCCUUACUGAGGAAAGGAGGAUAUAAAGCUCCGAUUACUAAUGAAUUCAGGAAAACCAUAAAACUGACCAGGUACCGUAGUGAAAAGAUGACCCUGAGCUAUGCUGAAUACCUUGCUCAUCGCCAGCAUCAUCAUUUCCAAAAUGGCAUUGGGCAUCCCCUUCCACCAUACAACCAUUAUUCCUGACACUGAGCCGCACAGCCAGUCACUGGGCCUCUCUGCAGACCUCUUCCCAGGAGACCCUACCCCUUCUUGGUCUAGCUAUCUCUUUUACUGUACCAUUUUAUGAUGAUAGUUUCCGUUGCCAUGAUGAAGCUUGGACAUCAUUAAGAUCAUCAUGGUAACGGGUAGGAAAAUGGCAUUUGUUAAGAAGAUUCUGUUUCAUUAUUUUAGGUCAUUGAUUUUUUUUUUUUUUUUUUGCAGCAUAUAUAACUUUUGGGUUUUUCUUUCCUCACCAUAUUAUGUAGAAUUUUGCUUUGCUCUCUCAGUCAGGUUUCUGUCUUUCUGUCCUUCUUGCCUUCCCUCCUGUCUUCUUCCUGUCCUUCUCUCUAUCUUCUCUUCCCUCCUUCUUUCGACUGUGGAUGGAAGACAUUGUGCAGUUUUUGAGGAUUUUAUUUAGGUUUUUCUCUAGUUUUCCCCCAGUAAGAUAGAGAAUUUUUGAUAGCUGAGUUUGGGAGCAAUUUAUAUCAAAUUCAGGUAUUUGUAUAUUACUCUCGAAUUUGUCUAAAAUGCAUUUUGCUAGGAGAGCUUAGUAUGUGGGUCUUUACUUAGGUGUUUUCCCCAUGGUUAAAAUAUAUGAACUUUAGUUCUAGUAGAGAACAUUGGAAGGUCCAUGAUAGGGCUUGUCACAGAACGUGGGAAAUCAUUUAUGCCUUUUGUGCUGGUUAUUGUAGAAGAGACAGCUUCAUUACUUUAUAGAACCAACUUAACAAACUACAACACUGUUUUAAGAAAGUACAAGCUACCUUUCAGAUAUGCUACAGAAGUCAUUUUGAAGAGCAGCAAAUAUCAGGAAGAGAGCAGAUACAGAAUUUAGUGCCUUUGAGAAGAAUAUAAUUAAAUGGAAUUAAGAGAGGUUGGGGGAAAAGGCAAUUUAGAGAAAUAUUCUUAUAAAAUUUUAUUGUGUCUAUAUGGGAAACAGCAGAUUAGACAAAUUCCUUACUCUUAGGUAUUUUUUUAAGGUGAAAAAAAUUUAUUUUGAGCAAAUAACCAAAAAGAGACAUUUGUCUAUUAUAUAUUAAUUUAAACCUGUUAGCUUUAGGUUUCAGUAAGUCAUAAUUGGCCGGAGAUAAUUUUAGCGACUAUUUAAAGAAAUAGUAAAGAUAAUCUAGUGAAACGAAAGCUCAUAUAUGCCACAAUUUCAGAUAUGUUUGUCAUGGGGACAAGACUGGAGUCUUUCUGCACUACAUACUUUUGAUAGAAACACAUUUACUAUGUUGAUAAGAUGUUACGUUACACCGAUGAAAAUGGAGCUGGUAUUUAGAAACGAUAGAGUUGUUAGAGCCCAGCCGAUUUGCAGGGCUGGUCUUCCUACAGCGCAUACAAAGCGAACUUCCCAAUGUCAGGAGGAGUAGGAGUUCUGUGUGUCUAUCCCCGGGAAAAAUGACAGAUGAUUCUGGAGAAAGAUUACCUUAAUUUUUCUAUAGUAAAUCUGUGUGUGAGUGUGUGUGUGUGGUGUGCACGCGCGUGUGUUUGUGUAAUUUUUCUCCAGCAGGAAACCAGUAUAUCAAGUGAUGAAUAUAAGUAUGGUGCAGAAUAUGUAGUCUAAAACUCUGAGAUGUCACUGAAAAUCAAAAUGGUGGAGCUUACACCUAGAGUUGGCUGUGACAAGGACAGACUGCUAGCUCCGAAUUCAAAACCCUUUUGCUGGUUGGUGCGCUGAUUGCCUGGAUUCCCUGUGCUUGCCACUGUGGCCGAGCAAACUGCUUUUGUUUUUAAUGAGAGUCCUUAGAAGUUUGGUGGUAGUCCUUCAUCCACAGCGCCCGUUGUUGAAAUAACCAUUUUCAGUUGUGAUGCCUUAACUAAGAAGCCAACUGUUAGCCUGUAAUGCAAUCCUGGUAGCCAGUUUCAUUGAACCUAGAGAUUAGUCAGAGAAAGCUAGCUGUCGGGCUGUAGCAAGAGGUCUUGAGUCCUUCCGUUUCUCCUUGGGAGCAUUUUUGGAGCAGAUUCAUCUUUCAGCAUAAAACCAGGUGGCUACCUGAUGGAAACUUUUUCUUGCCCUUAUAGGGAAACUGAGCACAAGCUGAAUGAUAUUAUCUGCUGCAAAAAAAAAAGUAAAUAAAACAAGCAAACUGAAGAGAGACAAAAUAGACCAAUAUUGACCCAUCUUAUCCAUCAUCUCAUCAGUUCAACAGGCUCCUCGUCCUGGGUGAGCUCAUGGUUAGAAGUUGUUGUUGUUGUUUUUUUAAAGAAAAGAUCUAUGACAUACAUAUGUGUGUAUGUAUACAUUUACUUACACGUACAUACAUACAUAUGUGUGUGUAUGUAUUUAACGGUGCUAAUCAAUCUUGAGCAGGUCACGUGACUGGUCAUGCGGACUCUAAAAAUCAUAUCAGAUUUUUAAAAAAUUCUUGAUAUAUGCAGAUGUUCUACAGAUUUUUUCUUACCAGUGUAAUAAUGUUAUACUGAAGAAAUAACCAUCCUGCAGGCUUUAGAGGACGAGGUCAGCAAUAUUUCCCACCAUGGCUUGGGGGGAAAGGAUAGUUUUGUCUCCUUUUGUUUUCAGAUUAAUGCACAGUGCAUUUUUUUGGUCUCUAAAUAGCUGUUGACUGAAAAGACUUGGUAGCAAAAAGGGUGUCAUGCAGACCGUAAUGGUGUGCUUCAAACAAACGCUAGACCCUUUUCACCUUCAUCGUAUAGUACAAAGCUGUUAAGUCUGUGCUUUGAAUGAACUUGGAAUAUGUUGAAAUAUGUAGCAUGUGUCUUUAACUCAGACGAAGAUUCUGAUUGCACAGGUUGUGUUUUUAGCCCAGUUGUGGUUUAUUUGUUCAGAAACACAAAUGUGAAUUGCACUCUUAUCACCAGAAUAUUGUAUAAGUUCAGUGAUCUUUAAACAGCUCAGAAGUAAUACUUGAACUUCAUUUGAGUAGCACAAAGUUUACAUUGCCCCCCCCCUUUUAAAUGUUAAUUAGUUCCAUUUCUGUGUUUUGUUUCUCAAAUGCAACUGGGUAUUUUUUUUUUCCCCUCUGGGAAAACAAUACGCGUUUUACUUUGGUAUGUAGCAAAAGGCUUCCGUUUCUGGAAGGUUUUCUUAUUCUUAAACAACAUCAGCCAGGUACCAGAUACUAAAAGAACAAUUGCCCUCCCCACCAAGCCCCCAGCCCACCCCAACCCCCAUUAAGUGGCCUUCGGACUGCACGAGAGUGUGCUCCCCCGCCCCUGCCCUAGGCUCCCCUAACCACGAGAGGUCGGUGUACUUGAUGGAGGAGGGUGAAAGGCUUGCUCUCGUUCCCCCCAGCCCCCUUCAAGCGGGUGUAAGGAUUUCUAGUCCAGUACACACAGUCCCAAUGCCCAGCACACUGGAAGUUUGUAUACUGGCCUCUUUUCGUGUCUCCAAAUGUGCAGGAAAUUUGAAACUGUCAUCUGGAAUAGGUUCCAUCUCUUACGUGUGUUAGAUCAAACCAAAGAAGCCCCCAGCCAUGCCCAAAUGCUGCUCCAAAAGCCUGCCUUCCAGUCCUUACAAAAACCUUGCAGGAUUAAAUGUGUUAACUUUUUUAUUUUUGUACAGUUUCUAAGUGAUUUUUGCUAGUGAUGUUCAAUUGAAUGAAGUUUAUUUGAGGGGUGUGAGCACCUCCUCCAUUGAAAUAAACUGGUGACUUUCCUUUUGUUUUUUAAAAGCAGAAACCCGUUGUGUGCCUCUCGAUUUAAGGGUUUCCGAUUACAUUAUUCUGAAGACCAGCAUUGAUCCUUUAUAUACAAAGAUCUGUUUUCCUUGUUUUUUAUUACUGUUUCAGAAGAAGAGAAACCUUUUAUUUUGCUCUGGACCCAGUAACUGCGCUGGUACAUAGACGCACUGAGAAAACAAACUUUUGUAACCACCUCUGACUGUUUUUGUAUAUCAAAGUCGAUUACUUUUGAAAUAUUUGGAUCUAGUUUCUAAGUUAUUUUAGUGUUUUGUAUGUUCCCCGAAAUUACUUUGAAUCCGUCACCAGCAUACUGAGUUCUUGGUGAUACAGUGGUGAGACUCGUAAUGAGCAAAAGCUACCUGGAGUAGCUCUUCUUUUCCUUUGUUCUUAGUAACCUGUUUUUGGAUUACAGUGAGACAUUGCAGAUUACCCGAAACCCCCUCCAAGUAUAACUAGAACCUCCUUCCUUCCACAUUUAAUUGCUUAAUAGUUUGAAGAAACUAUUGGAAAUGGGCAUUUUAUAUGAUAUGUAUAGCUUGAAAAUAUUAAAACUGAGUGAGAGGAAAAAAAUCAGAAGGUUUAUGUGGGUCUGUAAGGUAUGGCUGUGGAAAGAUAUUGUAGUAGUUUUGACACUAUUGUUACUAUCUUUAAAAUCAUUUACCCAAUAAAAUGUUAAAACUGA